AUGGACCUUCCGCCGCCACCCAAUCACUACCAGACUGCACCUCACAUGUCUGUGCGGGUCGAUACACCUAUGAAUGAGGGUCCUUCGCCUUCGACGAUCCACUCUGAUGCUUCUCUGGAUACUGCUCUAGACUCGUUCUCAGCAGCAGAAUUACGUCAACUUCUCCGUCUUGCAGUACAGAAACACCCUUCUCUUGCUUCUGACAUUACUUCAGAAUAUGUACAAAAAGCCUCAAUUGGUGCGAGCAAGACGGUCAAUUUCGUACACUACAGCAAUAGUGUCUGGCAUACUCUAAACUCCAAACCACACUUAGACCCAGUCAAAGGGCGACCAUACGCCGACAAGGCAGUUCAGCGAAUAGCAAACGAUAUAUCGAGUGUUGCUACCCAAGUACGGAAGGAAAGCUCACUCAUCACAAAGAAAAACGCUCUAGAGACCUUGAGAAAGAUUGGCAGGAGUGUUUGUCUUGCUACAGGCGUUGUGGGAGAAAGAGUCAAAGAUGUACUGGGUUCUGACAAGAUGUUCGUGGAUGCUAUGGUCAAAGUGGCAGACAGCUUCGCAGAGGAUGAUCGACGCACAUUAUGGGCUGGUGGCAGUGGGACGGAGAUCGUGAAACGCUUGGAACAAUUGGACGAGCUUAGGAGAUGUUACCGUGUGUUUGAUGGAUUGGAUGUUGUGUUAAGGCUGUUGAAGAGAGAAGAUGGACUGGAUGGGAGUGUUCAUUGCUGA